AGGGGAGGGGGCGGGGGCGCCGCGCACGCGCACGGGCCGGCGGCGCGCGCCGAGCGGGGGGCGCCGCGAGGUGCAGCCACGAUGGAAGGGGGUGCGUACGGAGCGGGCAAAGCCGGGGGCGCCUUCGACCCCCACACCCUGGUCCGGCAGCCGCACACCAUCCUGCGCGUCGUGUCUUGGGUGUUCUCCAUCGUGGUCUUCGGCUCCAUCGUGAACGAGGGCUACCUCAACAGCCCCUCCGAGGGCCAGGAGUUCUGCGUCUACAACCGCAACCCCGGCGCCUGCGGCUACGGCGUGACGGUGGGCGUGCUGGCCUUCCUCACCUGCCUGCUCUACCUGGCCCUGGACGUCUACUUCCCCCAGAUCAGCAGCGUCAAGGACCGCAAGAAGGCCGUCCUGUCCGACAUCGGCGUCUCGGCCUUCUGGGCCUUCCUCUGGUUUGUGGGCUUCUGCUACCUGGCCAACCAGUGGCAGGUCUCCAAGCCCAGGGACAACCCGCUGAGCGAGGGGACCGACGCCGCCCGGGCCGCCAUCGCCUUCUCCUUCUUCUCCAUCUUCACCUGGAGCCUGACCGCAGCCCUGGCCGUGCGCAGACUCAAGGAACUUACCUUCCAGGAGGAGUACAGCACACUGUUCCCCACCUCGGCUCAGCCGUAGCCCCCCGGCCUGCAGAGCAGGGAGUCCUGUGCCCAGCGGGUGGGGAGGUUGCACCUAGGGCCAGAGAUGCCCGGGACACCAGGGCAGGGGACCUGGCUGGAAGGGCCAGUUCGGAUGCUCCGUGGCUCGUCCGUUCACACGUUGCUGCCUUCACCUGUUUACAUGUUCAUUCGUUGAGUAAACGUUUAUUGAGCAGCUGUUUUGUGCCUAGUGAUGAGUUAGACAGGGUUCCUGCCCCCAGGAACCCCCAGGCUGAGAAGGGUGGACAGUCAAAUAAACCUCCCCCAGAUGGGCCACGGGCUGUUAGAAGGCUGGAAGUGGCUCUGUCCACGGGCUUGCCAGUGGAUAUCCAUGGUCCCAGGUGCUGAGCAGCAGGCACCGAAUGAUCUCUGUGUCCACAGUUGUGGUAUGAAGGAUGGUCUUACUGUCUCCCUGGAGGCUGACUGCCAAGGGGGCCUGGCCUGGAAUGUCAGAGGACUUUGACCUGGUUCUGCUCUUGUGUGCUGUGUGACCUGGAGCAAUCCCUGUGCCUCUCUGAGCCUCAGUCGCUAUUCCUGGACUGACAGGUAGUAAUGGACCAACCUCUCAGGGUGGCUGUGCAAAUGAAAUAAAGGCCAACACAGGGUUUGGCACAGGAAUGCUCAAUAAACGUCAGCUUCUAUAUUCAUUCACUCAUUCAUUCACUCAUUCACUCACUCAUUCACUCAUUCAUUCUCUCUGGCAAGUCAGGGGCACCUCCAUAAGUGCUUUGGGAGUGAGCCUCUUGUGAGUCCUUGUUCUGCCAAAGGACUCUGGCCUCCCGGUGCCCUCAGCUGCCUGGACAGGAGCCUGCCUAGUCCUCCACUCCACAGGAGCCAGGAGACCGUGGCAAACCUAGGCCUCAGGCACGACCUCAGCCUUGCCCGCGCUGAGCGGGCUGAGUGGGCUCCCUGGCACUGGGGGGCUGCGGUGCGGGCAGCCGGCUGCCUGCGGAGGUGCCGUGGGGGUGUCCUUGCUCUGAGAAAGAGGGCCAGGUGCCCGCAGGCCCCGGCUCUGCUCGGGACCCCAGCCUCCUGCAGCCCGGCCAGUGGGAGCCGGGCCUUGCCUUUGCUCCAGUCUGGUGGCCCUUUUUGGCUGGCCAGAGGGGGGCUGGACCCCGCGGGGGUGCUGACCACAGCCGCAGCCUCCGUGCCUGUGGCAGAGCCCGGAAGGUUCUCAGAGGUCACCUGGCCAGCCCUCCGCUCUCUGAAGGAGACCCGGCUCCACAGUGAAGCGGGCGUGCUGGGUGCCAGGCCUGCAGGCCUUGUCCUCGGGUCCGUCUGCUCGUCCCUGUGAGCUCCCGGCGGGGCUCCCUGACAGCUCCGGGGCGCCUGCGAGCACCUCCCUCCCCGCCUCCAAGGCCCAGCGGCAGGACUCAGACCAGCCCUGAGGCCACCCUGACCCUCUCCCAGCUUCUCUAGAGCGCGGGCUUUGCUUCAACACCCGCUGCCCAGCAAGGGCUGCGCAGUUGGCGCCUCCUGGGUAGAGGGCCAGGCAGAGUGCACCCCCUUUCACUCACUGGCCCGUGGGGUUCCUGGUUGACUUGGUGCUUUGUCGGGGGUCAAAGGGAAGGCCGGGCGCGGUGGCGCACGCCUGUAAUCCCAGUGGCUUGGGAGGCUGAGGCAGGAGGAUGGCGAGUUCAAAGCCAGCCUCAGCAACAGCGAGGCCCUAAGCAACUCAGUGAGACCCUGUCUCUAAAUAAAAUAUGAAAAGGGCUGGGAUGUGGCUCAGGGGUGAGUGCCCCCGGGUUCAAUCCCCAGGACCAAAAAAAGGGAAGGAGUCGGGGGACCUGCCUUCCCCGCCCGCAGCGGGAGUGCUCUCUCAGGCGGGUUCCCCAGCGGGAAAGGUCCUGGGGAAGGCUUCACUGUGAACCCCUGAGCGGGUUUCUGAUGGCAAAUCUGAUUUACUGCUUGGCUCAGAAUGGUCGGCGGCAUUGUCCUAGGACGAUGUGAUUGCUUUUAAUGAAAAAGAAUGUCCUAACGGUGCAGGUGCCGCAGCCGAGGCUUCUAGGCCGGGCCCUGUGGGAUCCGGGCGCGGGGUCAGGUGAGGUUACCGAGUUGGCACACCGUCCGUCCUCCAGCGGACAUCUGGCAAGUCACAUAGUCCCGAAACAAGUUUCACUUUGUUUAGUUCCAUCCCAAACUUGCAUGACCAAGUGUUUCGGCAAGAACUAGGUUCGGCAGCAAGUGAUGGAAAUCUCAAAUAACCGUGAUCCGAACAAAGUUGGCGUCUAAGGAGGUGGCCCAGGACUAGCUCAGGGGCUCUAGAGCUUCAGCAGCCCAGCUGUCCUCCAUCUCUACAGCGUAGCUUAUGGUCUUUGUGGUCCAUUUUGGCAACCAGAGCUCCAGCCAUCACAUCUGUGUUCCAGGUAUCAGAGCAGAGAGUGGGGCAGAGAGCAUGGGAGUGCCACACUGGCUAAAGCUUAGUCACAUGUCUGUGCCUAGCUGCAAGAGAGACAGAAGGAUGGCUUUUAGGAGAUGCCAAGAAAGAGUUCUCUGCCUAUUAAAAACUUUUUUUUUUAAAUAUUUUGUUUUAGUUGUAGGUGGACACGAUACCUUUGUUUUAUUUUUUUUAUGUGCUGCUGAGAAUUGAACCCAGGGCCUAGGUGAGCCCCAGCCCCAGCCCCAUGUCCCAGAGCGCAGUUUUGAGAAGGGGGCAAUGGGCCUUUGGGCCAACCUGAUCCUCCACAGUGGAGGUCGAGACUUCCUGGUGGCCUAGAGUGACCUCCGGGCCUGGGCGACGUGGGGCAGUGCUGCUGAGUCCUCCUGCCGGCUGGUGUGGCUCUGGCCUCAGGCGGGGUGGCCGCCGGGACCUCCUGUCUUCGUCCCCCCUGCCUUGAGGACCUUACCCUUCCGCUGCCCCGUGAACUAACUCCACUAACCCGUGCUCUUGUCUGUCUCUCCCCUAACCGUCCCCUCCCACCGUCCUUGUCCCGCCG